AUGCUACCAUCCGUCGAGAACGUGUACGCCUUUGGUUGCUUGUGCGCUGCUGUCAUCCCUGUGCCUCGUCGUGAGGGCGACCGCCACUUUGCUGACCGCGGUGGCAUGGGCCUCUACCUCGGGCCCUCCGAAGUCAGCCCUGGACACGUCGUGUAUUUGUUUGCGUCCAAGAUCGUCCAGGUUGUUGCCAAAAUUCGCGUUUGGGAAGAUCAGUUUCCUGGGCUCAAGGGACAUCGGGCCGCGACCAGCGCAAUGUUCGUCCCUCAACCGCCGGAGCUUGGUCACUUUGCUUGCUCGUUCCUGAGUUACUACGUCGUUCCUACUGCGUGCCUCGCCGUCAACAUGUCUGCCGCCCUCAUCUCCAAUGCCGUCUACUGCGAAUCAUGGUGCACUACGAGUGCCUAA